CGCUCUGUGAUCGGAAGUGACGCGUGUUUCUGCGACGGCUCCUGUGGAACGAUUUUGCUGGAAACAGCACUGAUUGUUGGUGUGUGUGUGACCCGGAGCUGACGGCACCAUGGCGAGCAAGAGCGGAGAGGAGAGAUUAAAGGAGAUGGAGGCUGAAAUGGCGCUGUUUGAGCAGGAGGUGCUAGGCACUCCUGUAGCUAUACCUUCAGCUGAUUCUCUUCCUGUGACUAUUUCAGCUGUGCCCAUGAUACGACCUGUUAUAGCAACAAACACAUACAGCCAGGUGCAACAGAGUUUGGACGCACGAGCUGCAGCUGCUGCCAGUGUGAUGCCCCCCAUGCUGGUCCCACCUAUGCCAUUUGUUGGCCCAGCAAUCCCACCCCAGAGACCUCCUAUGAUGAGGCCCAGUUUUAUUCCCCACGUCCUUCAGAGGCCGCUUGAGCAGCACCCUGCAAUGCCUAGACAUCCCUUCAUUCCCCACGUGCUGCAGCACCGAGCAGUGGGCCCUCGUCACCCCGGAAUGCCUCCCCCACAACCAUUGAUGUCCCAUCCGAUGCACGGCCCCCCUCCCCCAUUAAUGGGUCACCACUUGCCUCCGCCGCCGCCGCCUCCAUUAGGCCUACGCACUGGUCCACCUCCACCACCUGUGGGCCCCUUGCCACCUCCCCCUCGUCCCGUUGUCCAGCCUGCUCCCAAAGUCAACCCCACAGUGAUUCAAGCAGCUCCAACAGUCUAUUCUGCACCUCCUGUAAAGAAGGUAGAGGAGGAGGUCCCAGAAGUACCGGCAGUACCAGAUGAGAAGGAGAUGCUCAGUUUUGAAGAGGCUGUGAUUGGUCCCAGCAUGCCGGAAGCUGAACCUGUACAACCGGAGGUGGUAGAGCCUGUUCAAGAAGAUAAAAAGAAAACUAAGCCAGAAAAGUUAAAAAGAUGCAUCCGUACUGCGGCUGGAACAUCCUGGGAGGAUCACAGUCUACUGGAAUGGGACACAGAUGAUUUUCGGAUAUUCUGUGGAGAUUUGGGGAAUGAAGUGAACGACGAUAUCCUAGCACGCGCGUUCAGCCGAUAUCCAUCCUUCCUGAAGGCUAAAGUAAUCCGAGAUAAGCGGACAGGGAAAACAAAGGGAUAUGGCUUUGUGAGCUUCAAGGAUCCCAAUGAUUAUGUGAGAGCAAUGCGAGAGAUGAACGGUAAAUAUGUCGGUUCCCGGCCCAUUAAACUUCGGAAAAGCAUGUGGAAGGACCGGAAUUUGGACAUUGUUCGUAAGAAGCAAAAGGAAAAGAAAAAACUUGGCCUUAGAUAAAAAUAAAAUUGCAGUGGGACAGUAAUCUAAAGAAUUUAACAAUGACCCAACAGGCGACUUCACCAAACUAUUUUUAAUCUCCAUGUAAGGACACAUCGCAAACUGAAACAUCCGGCCCAACUUAAAGGGACUCACGAUUCAGCUCAUUGUAUACAAUCUCCUGUCCGAAAGGAGAGACCUAAAUAUCAGACUCUUCAUAUAGAGACUGCAGAACUUGUGUUUGAAGUGUUUAAAUAACGAGUUUUAUGUUGUACUCUAGUGAAUUAAAUUUAUUUUUUAUUUGUAUUUCAAUUUGGCUAAAUAUUAUCAUAAUGUUUAAUUAGGGUUCUAUGAUCAUGAAUGAUGCUGCCUGCUUUGUGUUUUGGUAGUGAAAGGGUCAGUACGACUGUUUGCCAUUCUUAGUAAAAUCUGUUGGCUCCAUUACUGUUUGUACAAGAAAUAGGUUGGCGUUUCCCUUUUUUUCUGCAACAAGCUAUGUAUUUUGAAACUAUUUUUGUGUUACGUUUAGUUUCAUGACUUCCAGAGACUUCGCUUCUCAUAUGUCAGUAAUUGACUAGAACAGGAGGUGCGUCUCUGCGACAAGUUGCAAACCCUCAUCUGUCCCCUUUUCACUGGUGACACCAAGUGGCUACUUUUUGUAUUGCAAGGUGCAGCCAUGUCAAAUUCCUGCCACAAAUUAUUUUGUAGAUUCAUUCAUUCUGGGAAAGUCUUUCUGUAUUUACUAACCUAAAUCAGGGCUUCAGUUUGAAUGUUAAUUCUAAAAUCCUGAUGUGCAUAUUAUUUUCUCUGCAUAUCAUCAAUGCACAACCUCAUUUUAGUUCCUAUAGACAAAACUCAUAGACUGAGCAAAAGGCAGGUACAGAUACCGGGCAGGAUAACCGUAUCUGAGCUGGUUCAGGUGUAUCCUCCUUGUAUAGGGAUUGAAGCUUCAGCUUUAACUGUGUUGUAUACAGUGUAAAUAAAAUGGUUGUGAUA